AUGGCCGCAACUGAGACUAAAGAGGCGAUUCAAGAGGCCCUCCUCCAAAAAGCGCGUCACUUUGGGUUCCUACGAAUAUAUGACUAUGACGUGAACAUGCCCUUGUUGCUCAAUCCGCCUGAGUCACCUCUGCCAUGCCGUGAGACCCCAGAUGAGUUCGAAGCCAUCAACUCGAGUUUCUCAGCCCGAAUCCACAACCUCUUCAACGCGCUCCACGACUUUGAGACAUCCAGGGACGGUGACGCUUUCAUCCGCGCGGAUGGGCUGCAGCCCGCCAUUCGCAUCAUCAACCAGUCUUUCGACAUCUACCCAUCCAAGUCCUGCCUGCACCGCAACUUUCACUCGCGCCGCCUCUUCCUGCGUGACGACCACGACGAGGAUCACCCGGCCACCUCGCUGCCCCAGCUUUUGCGUGUCACUAAGCUCCGACUUCUUCCCCGGGAAGAUUAUGCCAGCGCCGUGGAGUACGCGAACGCGCGCCCUGUCUCACCCCGCCUGCCACUGCAGCUCGCGACCCGCUGCCCGAACCUGCGCGAGCUCGACUGUCCCUGGCUCUGGGAGCGCACCCCAGCCGUUUUGCGGGUGCGCUUGAUGCGCGAUUUCACCCGGCCGUGGGAAGGGCCGUGGCGGGACGCGCGCCACGAGUUUGGCCGUGCGGUGCGAGAGUUGAGCGAGCAGCUGCCCGCUUCGCUGCGCAAGGCGCGCUUGUGGUUCUGGAAGCCGAGUGCUUUGUACAUGGAGGACGACCAGAGUAUGCCCAUGCCGGAUCUGGUCCGGCCGGAGAGCGCGGAUCCCCUGUCGCUCGGCCUGCGGGAGCUGGCGUCGCACUUGGAGGAGUUUGACUUGCGCGCGUUCGUAACGCCGGAUCUGUUCCGGGCGCCGGUGGCGUGGCCACGCAUGAAACGGCUGCGCGUCGAGUUUCAUCCAUGGUGCCCUGACGGGACUUGGUAUUUUGUUGGACCUGGCGGGCAAAAUAUCGAACCCGAGGGUGGCUAUGAGGUCACGGAUGAGCAUUAUCCGCCCGAGGCGCCGAACGAGCUGGACGACGAAAUGGAUGAGGGGUAUGUCGAGAUUGAAGGAACCGACGAGGAAGCAGAAUAUGCUACGAACAUGUUCCGCACGGAACCUCUCUCGUCGAAAAUUGACCCUCUCUUGUUCGCGUUCGCUGAGACGCUAAAGCGCAUGCCUGCGUUGGAAGAGGCAGAGUUAUUCGUGUACCUUGCCUGGCAGCCUUCUGAAGAAAAGCGAGAUAUGUGCGAAAGCGCUGACGAGCUACUGUUCAACAUGGACCGCGCAAUUUACAGAUGGGGUGUCAGUUAUGCCCCAGGCAUAGAUGGUGGCAAAGAUAUCGUGACGUGGCAAGUCGGCGCAUGGAGGCCCCAGGAAAACGUCAUGCGGGCAUUCUCGUCUUUGGAUGGGGGAAAUGGCGAAGACAUCAUUAUUUGGAAGCCCCUCAAGUUCCUGGAUCAGAGAAUUGACCUAAAUUAA